CCCGCCGCUCGACAUGGAUGAAUACGACGAGGAUCCGGGGCGCAGGGCGAGCGAACUGAUGGAGAAUCUUUCCAUUUUUGACGUUUACCAGGAUGGGAUGUACCGGGAGCCGAACCCAGACGCGGAUUUCAAGUCCGGCGCGUUAACGUUACCUGAGCAGAAAAGUAAGCGAAUGAAUGGCAGCUCCCCUCACGCGCCCGGGAACAAAGUCUACGGCGCGGCUCCGGUGCGCGCCGUCAACGGGAACCGACCCUCAGUGCCUUUGGAUUUCUGUUCUCCGCAAAGGGAAGCGCUUUAUCCCGCUGCCGAUGCGUAUUGCACCAAAUCUGAAGUUGCCUUGCCGUGUUACAGCGGCGCGUCGGACCGGCUCAGGAGAUACACGCACGCGGAUGCGCAGGGACACCGAUACAGCACCGGCUGCGCGUACGACGGGCUCGUGCUGGGCAAGCAGGUGACCGUUUCGGGCGUGAGGAGCAACAGCAUGUGCAUGGGCAACACCGACGGCAGGUACACGACCACGAGCCCCCGGUCCAGUUUGGCCUCGUCGCACUCGUCUCAAGAUCAGAGCAAGCACACGAGUCCUCGGUCCAGCAUCAGCAGCCCUCGGUCCAGCCUCGUGUCACCCGGCCAAGAGAAGUACUGCGAGGGCAACAGUGUCAUCAGCCCUCGGUCCAGCUACGCGAGCACGGCCAGUGACACCAGUAAACAUUCCAGUCCCAGAACCAGCCUCAACAGCUACGAUUACGGGAGCAAACCGAGCAGCAACCGAACCAGCGGCAUCAGCAUGGGCUACGACCAACGACACAUCAGCCCCAGGUCCAGCACGGCCAGCCAGUAUUCUAGCACCACCAGCCCGCGGUCCAGCUACUCGGAUUCGCGCUUCACGCCCGCGGGUAACCACGACCCGGAGGUCGCCGCGAUGCACUGCGUGCCGGUGACCAGCCCCCGGUCCAGCAUCUGCAGUCAAGACGGAGGCGCGCGCCCCGUCGGUGCGGCCGGCGUGGUGAGCCCCCGGUCGAGCAUCUCCAGCCACAGCUCCAGGAGUUCGCGGAGCUCUCGGGGUUCCAUGAGUGCGUAUCCCGAGCUCCAGCUGCCAUCGCCGCGGUCAUCCAUGCUGGCGCCCGGCUUACCGGAGGACGCGCUUCUGCAGGACUUCGCGGAGCCGAACGGCCCCCAUAACAACCGCGUCCACCUCCAGACGUUCCCCGUGCUGGAAGAGCCGCUGCAGAACUCGGACGUGAGCGUGCAGUUCGGUUACGGGAAAGCGCCGGCGCGGGGCUUCAAGUUGCCUUACCAGGUCAUUCCGUCCCGGGACAGCGGCCCCAGUCAGGCGGAGCGGCACCUGGAGGCCCUCACCCUGGAGCUGGAGAAAGAGCUCGAGAUGCACAUGAAGAAGGAGUAUUUCGGUAUCUGUAUAAAAUGUGCUAAAGGUGUUUAUGGAGCGAGUCAAGCGUGUCAGGCGAUGGGAAAUCUGUAUCAUACAAACUGCUUCACCUGCUGCUCAUGCGGACGGAGGCUGCGAGGGAAGGCUUUCUAUAACGUGAACGGAAAGGUUUACUGUGAAGAAGACUUCCUAUAUUCGGGGUUCCAUCAGACGGCAGAAAAAUGUUUCGUGUGUGGUCACCUCAUCAUGGAGAUGAUCCUGCAGGCUCUGGGUAAGUCCUAUCACCCGGGUUGUUUCCGCUGCGUGGUGUGUAAGGAGGGUCUGGAUGGUGUCCCGUUCACUGUGGAUGUGGAGAAUAACAUCUACUGUGUGAAAGACUAUCACACGGUUUUUGCUCCAAAAUGUGCCUCCUGUAUCCAGCCCAUUCUCCCAGCACAGGGUUCAGAGGAAACCAUACGGGUGGUGUCCAUGGAUAAGGAUUAUCAUGUUGAAUGCUAUCACUGUGAGGAUUGUGGUCUUCAGUUGAAUGAUGAAGAGGGGCAUCGCUGUUACCCGCUGGAGGGGCAUCUGCUGUGUCACCGAUGUCACCUGCACCGGUUAAAGAGCCCUCUGUCUGCCCAUCCACCCCCGAGUUACCCUCUCCACGUCACUGAACUGUGAACACACGCAAGAAUGACAUCACCCGUUUCACCCCUGACAGAGACAGAGAGGAAAUCAUGUUUGUCCGCCCCUAAACAUUGAACGGAGAAAUCCGCUGUGCCUCUUGAACUCCUUCAUCUUGUUUGGUUCAUUUGUCUGUUAUAUUUAAUUUUCACGCCCAUUCCUCUUUUCUCUUGACCGUGACUCAAGGCUUUGACUCAUACACAGGUCAGAAAUCACGGCUUAUGUCACGUAAGGGGACCUGAACACACUGAUCUCAAAACAACAGCACUGAACACAUGAACCAGACUUCUUGUGCCUUCAUCAAAAACCCGGCGUUUAAUCACUGCCUUCAGAUGCAUUCAGGUGUGUGUGUGAGAGGAAUAAUUCACCCAAAACCAUGAAUUACGCACCCCCCCUACAUUGUUGUGUUUCGGUGACAGGAGGGUGAUGACAUUUCUUUAAGCACAGAUAUCAAACAUACAAACUGCACCUAGAUGAACUUUAUGAUCAAAUACUUCACAUUUGGUAUGUCGAAGAAUCUUUCUGGCCUGAGUCAGAGAGGUUUUUACAAUCUGACACCAGCACAGUGAAGAUGGAGAUCCAGUCUGCUGUCUCUGAAGAGCGCUGAAGCGUCACGUGCCUUCCUGCCUUAAUUACUCCAGCAGACACAUGCUUCUGUGGCUCAGGAGACUCUUAAUGGACCGUCGAGGUGGCUGAUGUACGAGGGUCAGAGUGCAAGCCUGGAUGUUCAAUGACCUUCUGUUUGUCCUACAGUCAGUUUGUCGUUGUGUCAGACAUGGUGUUUUAACCUGCUGUGAUGUGUUAUGGGUGAAAUCUCAACGGCUCACCCGGGUCAUCCAACAUUAAAUUGUGUUUUGCAGGCCUGGAAAAGUAUGAGAGAUGCGAUCACAACUGGUUAUGACACAGUGUGUAUGUGAGAGAGGGUCUGUGUGUGUUGAUGUACACUAGUGGCAGGACCAUUGUGUGUGUGUGUGUGUGUGUGUGGUGGGGACUCUCUCUCACGUAUCAGCUGUGGUGUGUGUCCUAUGUACAGUGGCUGAAAAAGUUUUGGUCUGUCGUGACGACAAAGUCUAAAUGUUAUUGCAUUAAACAAUAAUUGUCUAAUUUAAAAAAAAUGUGUUUGCGUUUUAAAAGAAAUGCAAAAAGAUCAAGAUAUCAAAAUUAAAACAAAAGGUUUUAUUUAAAAGGCUCAGAGAAGUGAAGUGAGAUGGUGACAAAUGUUCUUUCAUGUUAUUUUGAUGAAAUGGAUUGUUUUGUGUGUGUCACAUCUGGUGUUCACACAGUGUCAUGCAGUAACAUUCAGACAUCAAUCAUCUUUUUCAAUGUUCAGAUACUUUUUCAGCCCACUGUACACCGUUCUGUUGCUCACAAACAAAGCGAAACUACUGAAGCGCAGACACAAACAGGCUGUUUUUUGGUUUGAAUUGACUGAAUAUCUGCAAAGCAGAUUGAAAGCUACAGUCGUUGUAAAGAUGUUUCUGCUGACUGAUCACUGUACUCAAAGCACAACAUGUUUUUAGUGAAGAAAACUCUCACGUGAAGAGCAGAUGAUUUAGUUUGAGGAAUAUAUUCCAGAUUAAACUGUAUGAAGAGUGUCAGAGUGACGACAGAUGAUGCGUCUCAGAUCAUUCCCUGAAGUCUGUGUCACGUUUAAAGUGCGUAAUACGUUGUGUCUUAAUUCACUUUUAAAGCAUACUACUAUUAGCACAUGCUAGAGAUCCUGUAAAUAAACCGUUUAGAAUGUAUCAGAGAUUCUAAUGGAUGCUAGCUUCUCUUCUGUUAGUUCUUAAGAAAAAUGCACAUCUUAUCUUAUUCAGAUGCAUCACACGUUUUUUUAUUAAACAAUGUUUUGAUUUCCUAGAUAUUUCAUGAAUAAAGAAAGGCAAAGUAGAUUUAUUUAUCUAAACGUGAAAAGUUUAAAAUUAUUUAAUGUAUGAGCAGUCGGGACGUAUCAUUUAACCGUAGAUUUAUGUAAUCUGCUUUUUCAAUAAAGUGGUUUUUGUAGUUAACUGUUUGUCUCCUGUGUAUUAUCUCAUUUCAACUUGCAAUCGUCUAUUCUUUUUUAUAAACAUUGGAUUUCUUAUUUUCUCUCUGCAUUAGAGUUUCUCUCAGCGUGUGUUCCCCCUUUAAACUCAUUUUAUUAGCACAUAAUUGAAUUAGAUUUAGUAUUGUAUUUGAUUUAAUUUUCUUAUCGCUGCUAAGAGAUCUUUUGAAAAGUCCUGUUGGGUAAAUAACAUCUCGACACUGAAGUUUCUCCGUCAUCUGAAAAGCUUUUCUUCUCUGUGUGUUUACUCAGCAGUGAUAUCAGCACACAUCAGCGUGUACACUGUAAUCACGGGUCUGCACGCAAACGCCGCCCAUCGUGAGAAAUCCACAGAGGCCUGAAAGCUCCACACACCCUGAUGCUCGACCGAUAGAGAAUAUGAGGAAAAGACUUGUGGGUCUGAGGAGAACCAGUUCUGUGUCUGUGACGUGUUACAAAACUGUAUCAAAUCUGGUUUAAUUAUAAAUUGACUAAAGUUGUUUUUCCUCACAGUGUCAACAUUGAUAAGGUUUUAUACCUUGAGAAUUUAAAGGCUGAAUGACAUUUUGUUUAAACAUCCGUUGGUUUUAUUCUAAUCUGUGUUAUUCAAGGUUUGCACCAACAGUACCUAAAAAGAUGGAUUACGAAACAUACAACUCUACGUGUGUUUAAUGUAAUAUUAAAUUAUAUGUGCAUUGAAAUUAAUAAAAUACAUUUCUUUA